CAGCAGCCGCCUCAUCCUAUCAAGGAGGCUCCGUUCGGAGGGUGGAGGAUGGGAAGGGAAUGGAGCUGUCCCAGCUCCUCGGUGGGAUCAGGGCAAACUAUGAAGGGCUCAGCAGCAGAAAUCAGAUAACGACCCCCCGCUCAGCAAGGACCCAGCUAGAAGAAGCUACAAUUAAAAGAAUGGACAGAGAUGCAGAAGCAUUAAAGGCAGCCAGAGCAGAACUCAGUGAAGCCAGACGCCAGUGGCACCACAUGCAAAUUGAAAUUGAAUCACUCCAUGCUGUGGAAAAGGGUUUGGAACGUUCACUGCGUGCCACAGAGCAGCAGUACCAUAUGCAACUUCAAAAUUUAGAAGCUGAGAUUGAAAGCUUAGAGAAAGAGCUGCAGGAAGUGAGAAGAGGGAUUGAGAAACAGCUUCAAGAGCAUGAAAUCCUACUGAACACUAGAAUGAAACUGGAGGAGGAAAUAGCAACAUAUCGCAGUCUGCUUGAGCAAGAAGAGAACAGGUUUCGUUGUUCUAUACCUGACCAAAAGGAUGAUAAAAAAACUACUACUAGCAAGAUUGCCUUUACCCUGCCUUCAAAUGGUGUAAAGAAGCAUGAAGCAGAGAAGGUGGAAUUGGUGUCAAAACAAGCCAUCCUAGAUGGCAAUAUUACCAAGGAAAGUGCUGAAGCUCAUGGCACUAUACAGACAGAAAAAGUGGAUGAAGUUAUCAAAGAAUGGGAAGGUUCCUUCUUUAAAGACAACCCUCGCCUAAGGAAAAAAUCCGUUUCCCUGCGCUUUGAUCUCCACCUGGCAGCGACCGAUGAAGGAUGUUUACACACCAAGCAGAAAAUGCUCCCGGACAUCGAAGUCAGGCUGGUAAUGAGGAGGUCUUGCAGUAUUCCUUCCAUCAAACCCUAACCCACUGC